AUUGGGCCCUUCCCUGGGCCCCGGGGUAUAAAUCCUCUCACUGGGAACUCACUGACUGACUGACUGGGCAACAUGGGCCUGACCGCUGCCCUCCUGCUGCUGGGGCUCUGCUCCCUGUGCUCCCUGGGCACCUUGGCACAAACCCCCACACCACCAGUAACGAAGGAAUCUGCAGAGGAACCCGAUGCCGCCGGUUCUGGGAUUAUUAGGCCGUGGGUGAAGCCCGGAACUUGCCCUUUGCCGGUGAAUAAAGAGUCAUGUGAUCCGUCCCUGGCCCCCCCAUGUAGAAACGACCAGGACUGCAAGGGCAAAAGGAGAUGCUGUUUCAAUGGCUGCGCAAAGACAUGUCUCCUCCCACUGGAAGACAAGAAGGAUUCCUGCCCCUACUUUAAUGCCUCCAUCUGUAUCUACGCGCGGCCGGGGCCCAGUCAGUGCGACUCUGACGCUCAGUGCCAGGGAACGGAGAGGUGCUGCUGCGACUACUGCCGGCGGGCCUGCACCCCAACUGUCACUGUGAAGCCCGGCCAGUGCCCGGCCCCAGGCAAAUGCAGCCAAUCAGUGACCCCCGGCCCCGCGUGUCAGACAGACGCCGACUGCAAAGGAAAACAAAAGUGCUGUGAGGACUGUGGGCGCAAAUGUAAAGACCCUCAGACUGAACACUCCGGCUUUUGCCCCCGGGGCAUAGAGGACCUAUCGUGCAUCACUACAGUGGGGGAACCCAAGUGCCAGACUGACGCCGACUGCCCCCGGGGCUGGAAGUGCUGCCUCUCUGGAGGCCGGAUGGAGUGUGUGGAGGCCUUGGCCGAGAAACCCGGAUCCUGCCCGGUACCAAUAACCCGCUGUCCGGCUCCUCCAACUGCCCCUAAGCCCAAGUGCAGCAGCGACAGGGACUGCCCCGGGGGCAAGAAGUGCUGCACCCCCGUGUGUGAGCCCCAAUGCACCGACCCCCUCGGGGUCACACAGCACUAGGGGCCCUCAAGCAACAACCACCGAUGCCCCGCCCCCUCCAAUCAGAAACAAGUGUCAGCUUCCUGCGAGCAGAGAAUUUCCUGCAAUUGGGUCUUUAUGGGGCAACUGUAUAUUCCCCGGGGGGGCGCUGCUCAGGGUUGGGGGUCUCUGUGGCUCUGAAUUAAAUGAAUUUUCCUGCCA